AUGAUUUCAUCAUCAUCUUUUGUAAUUGAUCAACUUAAAAUUCUCUUAGUUGGUGAUAGUGCAACAGGUAAAUAUUGUUAUGUAAAAAGGCUUACACAUAAUGUAUUCUCUAAUGAUACUCGAAAAAAUGAAGAAUAUGACAUUAUUUCAACUAAAAUAAAACUUGAUGAACAUACCGAAAUUCCAAUACAAAUUAUCAAUAUAUCUGGUUCACAAUGUGGUAAAACAAAAAUAAAAACAUACAUUAAUAAUAUAGAUGGGUAUAUUAUUAUGUUUGAUGUAACACGUGCAGAAACAUAUGAUAAUAUAAUGAUGUGGAAAAAAUUUAUUAAUAGUGUAAAACAAACAAAUAAUUUACCAUGUUUAUUAUUAGCAAAUAAAUGUGAUCUAGAAGAAGAUCAAGGAUUAAAUAGUGUUAUGGCUAGUAUGGAUAAUUAUUGUCAAGCGAUUGGUUUUUGUGGUUAUUAUAAAAUAUCAAAUAUAGAUAAUAUAAAUAUUGAAGAAUCGAUUCGAACUUUAAUUAAUGAAAUUACUCAACAUAGAAAUUCAGUAACAACAAGUUCUCCUUCGAUUUCUAUAUCUCAAACUAGAACCCUAUCUGUCGAAGAACGAAAAAAAGAAUAUACAUUGAAAAUUUUAGUUAUUGGUGAAAGGGGAACUGGUAAAACAGCAAUGAUUCAACGUUACGUUAAUAAUAGUUUUUCAGGAAUUUAUCGUAGUACGAUUGGUACUGAUAUAGCUCUUAAAAAAAUUCAAUAUAAUGAUCAUAUUACUGUUAAUCUUCAUAUAUGGGAUAUUUCUGGUGAGGAACGAUUUGGAGGUAUGACACAUCUCUUUUAUAAGAAUGCAGCUGGAUGUUUAAUUGUAUUUGAUGUAUCAAAACCAUUGACUUUAAUAAGUGGUGCUGUAAAAUGGAAAGUUGAUUUCGAUAACAAACUUAAUAUUGAUGAUCAUAAUCCAGUACCAUGUUUACUAAUUGGAAAUAAAUGUGAUCUAGUUAAAGAAGGAGUUGUAGCAAAUGAAGCGCAAAUGACAGAAUUUUGUCAUAAUCAUAAAUUUAAUCAUUUGUAUGAAACAUCUGCAAAAGAAAAUAUUAAUAUUGGAGAAUCGAUUUUAUUUCUUGUUGAAGAAAUAAUGAAAAAUAUUGAUACUAUGAAAGGUGUAAGAAGAAGACUUUCUGAAAUAAUUGAAAUUAAAGAACAAGCUUCACCAAAAAUUCAGAAAAGUAAUUGCUGUCAUUCGUAA